UUGCUUAACAUGACUGCGGUGUUCAGCUGCUGGCUCUUUUUUCUGCUGUUCAGCCCAGCUGUUCCCAUGUGUUUACCCACUGACUUCACCCUGUAUGCGGAGAAGCCAGAGUGUGACUUCUGUGUGGCGAUCAACACCACUAUUUGCAUGGGAUUUUGCUACUCCAGGGAUAGUAACAUGAGGGACAUACUGGGCCCGCGCUUCCUCAUCCAGAGAGGUUGUACCUAUGACAAGGUGGAGUACCGCACAGCCAUACUGCCCGGCUGUCCUGUCAACGCCAACCCCGUCUUCACCUACCCCGUGGCUCUCAGCUGCCACUGUGGUGCCUGCAGGACUGACAGUGAUGAGUGCGCCCACAGAGCCAGUAUGGACGGAGCUAAAUGUACCAAACCAGUUAGACGUAUCUACCCCUACCCCGGCCAGAGCAACUAUGUCAUCCCUUUCUGA